AUGGAAGAAAUAGAACUAUAUAUUAUAAAAAAUGAGAUCAUAAAGAUUGGAGAUAAGGAAAUUGAUAGUGAUGACAUAUUUGAGUUAUCGAAAAGGAUACUAAAGAGUAGAACAAAUCAAUGUAUUGACACACUUUUAGAGUGCAUUUUUUAUAUGCCUGUAAAGAUAGGUAUAUAUGCAACUAUUUUGGGAAUAAUAACAAAAGGGAAUGAUAAAUUAAAGCUACAAUUAAUAUUAAAAUUAAAUCAUAACAUUUCAGUUUUUGUAAAAAGCAAUUCAUAUCAUUGUUUGUUAUGGUUUAGAUGUAUAAUAGGGUUGAGUUGCUGUGGUGUUUUUGAUUUUUCUCAUUGUAUAAAAUUAUUUAAAGACUUAUAUGCAUUAUGUGUCGAAUUAUAUAAUGAAAAUAAAUAUAUAAAAGCUGACAAUAUAUUAUAUUUAUUUUUAAGUAAUUUUUUUUAUAUUUCAAAGCAAAUAUAUGAUGAAAAUAAAGCAGAAUUAGAUAAUAUAUUAAGCAUUUGCUUUGAUUUAAUAGAUAAGAGACAAACGUGUAUUGAUAAUAUAGAUAUAGAUAAUAAUGAUUUAACGACUAUUGAAUACAUAUAUAUAUAUAUUAAUAGUGUUAAGCAUAGUGACAAUUUUAAUGAUAGAUUAUUUUACUUAAAAGAAGCAUUGCAUCAUUAUAUAGAAAAUAAUUUAAGAAGUGUAGCAACCCAUCGAUUUUACCAAAAAGAAAUAUUUCAAAAUGUAUUUUUAAAAGACCAAAAUGAGCAAAAUAUGCUAUCUGAAAAUCAAAAUAAUCGAGCAGAAUUAGAAACCGGAAUUGAAAAUUGUAUUAAUAUUCAACACUUUAUUAACUACGACUGCAUAGAUUGCAUAGCCAGUUUACAGAUAAAAUUUAUAACAAAAUAUAGUGAUGAUAAAAAUAUCCAUGAUAUAUGGUUAAUGCAAGAACAUAUAAUAUAUAUUAUUGAAUUAUAUAAAAAUAGUGUUGAAUUUAGUUCCAAAAUACUAGGUAUAUAUGUUCAAUUACAAAGUAAAUUAUACAAUAAUGUUUUGGUAGAAUGCAUAAUUAAUAAAUUGUUAUCAUCGUUUAAUAACAAAAAUUAUUAUUUUUAUAUAUCCUUAAUGCACCGGCUUUUAUUAAUAAAUAAAAAUUUAGGAAGUGUACUUAUUAGAUGUAUUAAAUUUGUUUUAAGGCAAAUUGGAGAAUUAGAUAAUGAAUCAUUUUAUUUAUUUAUGGAAUUAUGUUUAUAUGUAUUAUCAUCUUUUGCUUAUGAACAUAAAAUAUUAAAAAGUAAGGAAAAUUUUUUUAAAAGAAGAUAUAAUGAUAUGAAUAAAAUAUUAAAGGCAAAAGAAGAGAAUCCAAAUGAAGAAAACAAAUUAGAAGGUAAUGAUGAUAACACGGGAGGAAUAGAUAAUGACGAUACUAAAAAAGAGGAAGUUGAUUUAAAUGCCAGCAGUAACAAUAAAGGGAAAAGAAAACGAAAAAUAGACGAAUUAGAGAUAAAUGAUAUUAACUUAAAUUCUGGAUCAGAGAAAGAAGGGGAAAUGGAAGACAAUAGUAUACUACAGAAUGAAAUGAAACAAAAAAGAAAUCCAGUUAUUCUAAAAAAGAAUGAAAUUACAUUAAACAGAACCAAAGCAUAUGACAAUAAGAUGCCUUAUUGUAUUGAAUUAGAUUUAAAAUGUAGUUCGGAUGAAAGUAGUGAUGGGGAAGGCGAGAAUGGUGAAGAAAAGAAAAAAAAUAAAAACAAUGAUGAAGAAAAUAUAUAUGAUGAAUAUGACGAAUGUGACGAAGAAAACAAUGAAGAUGACGAUCAAAAUGACAAUAAUAACCAUCCUUUUAAUUUCGAUAGUUUUAAGGACGAAGUAGAAAAAUUAGAUGCAGGAGAAAAUUUUAAAAAAAUUACAAAAUUAAUGUAUAGUGUAAAAAAAAAAUAUCGUAGAAAAUGGGUACGAAAUUUUUAUUUUAAAAGUUAUUCUCUUAUUUAUAAAAAAGAAUGCGAUAAUUUAGUUCCUAAAACGAUUAUUGAUUAUUGUAACAGUUUUAAACUUACUAGUGAUAAUACAUAUGAAAAUUUUAAUGAAUAUUUCAUUUUUAAUUCAGUAAUAAAAUAUUGUAUUGAGGAAAUUGAUAAUAUAGAAGAUAAAGAAUAUGACAUGAAUAAUGAUGUAGAUGGUUUUAACAAUGCUGAUAAUUAUAAUAAAUCCAAAUAUGACUCAAUAAACAAAGUUAAGGAUACUAUUAAUGCAUUAAUUCAAAGUUUUAUAAAUUAUAUAAACACAAAAAAUUACUUAUGUAAUGUUCCUAGUUUUUUUAAGGGUUUGUCAAAAAAUAUUAAUUUUCUUAAUGAUAUUUCAAGUACUAAUUUAGAUGGACAAUUUUUUGAUAAUUAUAUCUUUAAGGAAGAUUUUUUAAAUAAUUCAAAUUGUUGGGAUAGCUAUAGUAUUUUAAUCCUUUUUUUAAAAUCCUUGAUGUUUUUUGAUUCAUCUAAUGUUUCUUCUUUAAAAAAGGUAUUUAAAAAUCAUGCAGUAAUAUUUUUAAGUUAUAAAAAUUCGGGAAUAUUUAAAACGGAAGAUGAACAAAUACAAUUUGAAGUGGAGUUAUUAAAUAUCGUUUAUACAUAUUUCAAUAAUUCUGCAUUGCUAAAUGUGAUUGUAAAUAUACUAAUUGAGAAUCAAAUCGUGAAAGAAAUGUCCGUCCUUUAUUUUAUUUUCCACAAAUUAGACGACUAUAAUUUAGAUGAAUAUUAUAUUGUUCAACUUCUCUACGAAGGAAUUAAUAACUUAAUUAUAAAAAAGGAAAAUAAUGAAAAUGAACGAAAUAAAUUGCGAAGGCGAAAAACAGAAAAUGAAAACGAAAAUUUAAUAAACGAAUUAGAAGGUGAAAAGAAUGAAAUAGUGAAUAAAAUAUUUCACUUAACUAAUCAAACAAUUAUUAUGAUAAGUGAAAAAAUGAUGGCAUUAAAAAAUAAUAAUAAUUCAUAUAUGAGUAAAGAAUUAUUAAAAGAGUCAUUGGUAUUUUUAAGAACCUAUAUAGAAUACAUAGACAUAGAUCAAUUUUUGCAACAAUGUCAUGAAAAGGGAUUUGCAUCAGAGCAACAAGAAUUAGCAACUAUAUUUAAGUAUGCUAGCUUAAAAAUGAAAGCGCAAUAA